GCACCCGUCCACGCCCGCCGCCACGUGACCCAAACAGAUCCGGGCACUUCCGCUUCCCCUCGGCUUUCUUCUCGUCAGUGUCGGCUGAGGGUCCAGAGCCGGGUCCCCGCGGAAGCGGCGGUGGCGGCGCCAUGGCGGAGCUGACGGCUCUGGAGAGUCUCAUCGAGAUGGGCUUCCCCAGGGGACGCGCGGAGAAGGCUCUGGCCCUCACAGGGAACCAGGGCAUCGAGGCUGCAAUGGACUGGUUGAUGGAGCACGAAGACGACCCCGAUGUAGACGAGCCGCUCGCGACCCCCCUCGGACAUGUCCUGGGAAGGGAACCCACCGCCUCGGAGCAAGGUGGCCCCGAAGGACCCGGCUCUGCAGCCGGAGAAGGCAAACCCACUUUGAGUGAAGAGGAGAGACAGGAACAGACUAAGAGGAUGUUGGAGCUGAUGGCCCAGAAGCAGCGGGAGCGGGAAGAAAGAGAGGAGCGAGAGGCUUUGGAACGGGAACGGCAGCGCAGGAAACAAGGGCAGGAGUUGUCAGCUGCUCGACAGCGGCUUCAGGAAGAUGAGAUGCGCCGGGCUGCUGAGGAGCGGAGGAGGGAAAAGGCUGAAGAGUUAGCAGCCAGACAGAGAGUCCGAGAAAAGAUUGAAAGAGACAAAGCAGAGAGAGCCAAGAAGUAUGGUGGGAGUGUGGGUUCUCGGCCUUCUCCACCAACAGAGCCGGGUGCUGUUCCCUCCUCUCCCAGCCAGGAGCCUCCCACCAAGCGGGAGUAUGACCAGUGUCGCAUACAGGUCAGGCUGCCAGAUGGGACCUCACUGACGCAGACAUUCCGGGCUCGGGAACAGUUAGCAGCUGUGAGGCUCUAUGUGGAGCUCCACCGCGGGGAAGAGCCUGGGGGAGACCAGGACCCUGUGCAGUUGCUCAGUGGCUUCCCCCGGCGGGCCUUCUCAGAGGCUGACAUGGAACGGCCUCUGCAGGAGCUGGGACUUGUGCCUUCUGCUGUCCUCAUUGUGGCCAAGAAAUGUCCCAGCUGAGAGGCCUUUAUCCCGCCAUCCCUCUCUGACCUCUUCAUCUUUGAUAAAGCACUGACAUCUCCUUCCUAAUAAAUAGACCCUCUGAGUUCUGUA